ACAGGCCAGUAGUGGAUUUCUGUUUGCUGUGUAGACAUACUCUCCAUCAGUCCAAGGCGAGCGCUCUAUCUCUCCAGAAGGCAGCACCUAACCUGGCCACCUGACACCUUUCCCCUUUGUUCUCUAGCUGGGGCCUUGGCUCAGCUUCCGAUCCCAGCCAUGGGGGGGAAAUCUCCUUCCUCUGGGUCGUUGGUUGCCAGGGGUGAGUGACUCAGCCCCGAGGACUCCCACCGUCUUUUCGGAUUCUCCAUUGAUCUGGGGGUUGGCUUCCAGCCAGCCCUUUAGUUAUCAGUCAUUCCACCCUAGACAGCGAGGUGGCAUUCCCCCACCCCAGCCCCACAUGUCUUCUCUGCUGCUCCAGGAGCAGUGUUAACCCUCCUGCACCCACUGGGUAGCAGUGUAAAGUAGAGAGGGAAACUGAGGCACACCCAUGGGCGUCAUGAAAAUCAGGGAUUUGGAGCAAUCAAAGUUUUGAAUUGCUCUGCUCUGGCUCUGCUCCAGCUCCGGGCAAAAACCUACUGGUCUGUGCUCCAGCUCCGGAAAUAUUACAUUGAAAAUAUUACAGAAAAUUCCCACUUGGUCAUACCUCCCCCAAUGCACAUCCCUCUGUGUCCUCCUCAGCCUGCCGCCCCUCUCCCAACCUUGCAUUGUCCUUGGUUAAGCUCCUCUCCCCACACACACAUCCACCUUCACCCUUUUCAUUCUAUCCCACAUAUCCCCCUUUUUCCCCCUCAGACUGACUCCCUUCGUCCCCCUCAUCCCCCGUCAGUUUACGAGCCCCAACGUGCAUUACUAAGCGCCCUCCUCUGCAUCCUGCCCCUCCACACAUGUCCCCUGUGACCUUCCCAGUCUGCCCAGCUCGCUCCCACACACACUCCGUCCACCUGCUUCUUCCUCUCCCCACCUCUAGCACCACACAUUCCCAUUGUUCCCCAUAGCUAUGUACACAGUCUGCCAACCCCAGAGCCCCAGCCACGUCCCCCCAAGAAAGCCUGGCUUCCGCCUCCCUGAAAACAAUGGGAGCUGGUGGUCACUAGAUGCAGCCUCUCUUCCACAUGCCAAACAAUGGGGAAAUGGUGGCCAUCUUGAGUAAGGUCAUCUUGGCAUUAGGCUCUCCUCUCCCACAAAAGCAAUGGUAGAGGAUAACCCUUAGAAUCUUAGAAUAUUAGGGUUGGAAGAGACCUCAGGAGGUCAUCUAGUCCAGUCCCCUGCAGGACCAGCACCAACUAAACCAUCACAGCCAGGGCUUUGUCAAGCCGGGCCUUAAAAACCUCUAAGGAUGGAGAUUCCACCACCUCCCUAGGUAACCCAUUCCAGUGCUUCAUCACCCUCCUAGUGAAAUAGUGUUUCAUAAUAUCCAACCUAAACCUCCUCCAUUGCAACUUGAGACCAUUGUUUCUUGUUCUGUCAUCUGCCACUACUGAGAACAGCCUAGCUCCAUCCUCUUUGGAAGCCCCCCUUUAGGUAGUUGAAGGCUGCUAGCAAAUCCCCCCUCACUCUUCUCUUCUGCAGACUAAAUAACCCCAGUUCCCUCAGCCUCUCCUCGUAAGUCAUGUGCCUCAGCCCCCUAGUCAUUUUUGUUGUCCUCUGCUGGACUCUCUCCAAUUUGUCCACAUCCCUUCUGUAGUGGGGGGACCAAAACUGGACACAGUACUCCAGGUGUGGCCUCACCAGUGCCGAACAGAGGGGAAUAAUCACUUCCCUCGAUCUGCUGGCAAUGCUCCUACUAAUACAGCCCAAUAUGCCCUUGGCCUUCUUGGCAACAAGGGCACACUGUUGACUCAUAUCCAGUUUCUCAUCCAUUGUAAUCCCUGGGUCCUUUUCUGCAGAACUGCUGCUUAGCCAGUCGGUCCCCUUGGGCUCCUCCAGUUCUAACUCAUUGCCCCCAGGUCAGGACUGUGCCCUGCAGGUGUCGUGUCCUCCUGGCAGAUAUAAUUCAUGGCUUUCCGCACACCCUGACUGACACCUGACAGUAGCUCCCUGCCACCUGAGUGUUCAGAUGGGAUGUGGAGGCAGAAUUGGGUGUUCUCCUUCCAGGUGUGUGAGUGCUCAGUGAUCUGUAGCCAGAGACCUUUCCUUAGUGGUACCUGUCAGUUUUCUGUGCAUGUCCUCGUGUAUCUAGGCAAAGGAAUAAAAGGUGGAGUCACCCCAGCACCUUCACAGCUCCUUUUCGCCAUCAGUGUCUGGUGGUCGGAGCUCUCCAUCGGCUGUUGUUCAUGGGUUCCCUUCCUUCUUCCUAGGAAACUUUAUUUUUUCUGUAAAUAGUUCUGGUAGCAUAUUGUGUACCCAUGUUUUUCCCAUUGGAGAUUUGAUUAUUUCUUAUUUUAUAAAGUUUUUGUUCUUGUUUUUCUCUGGGACUCUUUUACCUGGUACCAGUGGGGCUUGGUUAUGCCAAAGUUUCCUAGAGUUCAGCACUAUCUCACUUGCAGGGUGUCUAAUGCACUGAAUGACCCUCACACUCGUUUAUUUUGCCUUGGUGAGGGCACAUGAGAGACAAGUGCUCUAUUUGUAGAUCUUUCAAGAAAAGAACACAAAAAUCUAGGGACAUAACCUUUUAAACUUAUCUUAUAGAGCGUGCUGUGCAUCCCUUCUCAGACCUCAGUCAUCUGGAGUCCAGUACUUUGUCCUGGGCCAGAAGUUCUCCUAUGGAUCUUUCUGACUCAAUUGUUCCGCUUCAUCCACCACGUCUUGUAAGAGCUGUGAUGAGACGGUGAGUGAGGGCAAUGAAGAGAGUCCUUGUCCGGCACGUCCUGAGCGAAUGGAACCAAAGGGGUCGUUGCUGGAAAGGUGUGAAGGGGAUGAUUCCCAGAGUCCUGGGCAGGGACAAGCCCAAGAAAAUCAGUGCAGCCCAGAGAAGCAGCAGGGAAACCCCCCAGGGAAGACACUGGAUGAAUCCACUCUCCGAGGUUUGGAGGAUUGUAAUGAGGCAACGAUCCAGCCGAGAACAUGCACUAAGGAGAAGCGUUUCGAAUGUGCUGAGUGCAGGAAACACUUCAGUUCUGGAUCACACCUUAUUAGACAUCAGAGAUCUCACACGGGAGAGACCCCCUAUAACUGCUCUGAGUGUGGGAAACAAUUCAAUGACCAAUCAAACCUUAUUAGACAUCAGCGAACCCACACAGGAGAGAGACCCCAUAAGUGCCGUGACUGCGGGAAAAACUUCAGUCAGAGGUCAGGCCUUAUUGUACAUCAGAGAAUCCACACAGGAGAGAAAUGCCAUAAAUGCCCUGACUGUGGACAAACCUUCACCCAGAGUGCACAUGUAACUAGACAUCAGAGGAUUCACACGGGCAAGAGACCCUAUGGAUGCCCAGAGUGUGGAGAAAGCUUCGCUUGUACCUCAGAUCUUAUUAUACACCUGAGAGUCCACACGGGAGAGAAACCUUAUUGCUGCCCCGACUGUGGACAAAGCUUCGCUCAGAGUCAUCACCUUACUGACCAUCGGAGAAUCCACACAGGAGAGAGACCCUAUACCUGCCCCGACUGUGGGAAUAGCUUCAGACAAAAAUCUGGUUUCAAUGUCCAUCGGAGAAGGCACACAGGAGAGUGCCCCUACAAAUGUUCCGUCUGUGGGGAAAGGUACAAGACCAAGAGUUCUCUAUUAUUCCACAUGAAACUUCACAUAGACUAGUGCCAGCCACUUCCCAUCCUCUCUGCAUCUGGAGGAACGAUGGGGAUAAUAAACAGUUGCCCAAUUCCUUAGAGAAUCAAGUGGCACCACUAUUUACUUGUGUGCUGUGCGUCUCAGGAGGAAGGAGGCACCAGGAGAGUGACAUUAUUAUUAUUAUUAUUAUUACUGUAUUGAAUUAUUCUCUCACACUCUCCCAUCCGUUCCUGGCUCUCUCUGUCAUGGGAAGGCUUUUAGCCAGCCGAAGGAUUUAGCUGAAUUUCCUGGUCCCUGUUUUCAGACGGGGGCUCGUUUUACAUUGUCGCACACUGGGACUUUUCCGGAAAUUGCUGCCCCAUGAGGCAUGUUCUCCCUAUUUCUGCAUGCUGGGGGAGCGGAGGGGUCUGAAGUUUCUGGAAAGUCUGAUGUCAGUGAAGUUUUUAUUGCUGAUUAAUUAUUUUCUCAGUAUUGUUCAAUUAUAUGUUUUUUUCCCCCCCCAAAUAAGAUGCAAAUAAAACUUUUCUGGCAAAUCCCA